UCAAUGUCAUUCGCUGUCAUAUGAUUUGAUUACCUUUUUGGCGAGUUAAAAUUUUUAGUAAGGACGGACCAGCUUGUAAAUCAUAUCCAAAAUGCCAGUCUGUGGACCGAAAUUGUCGCUUUGCGGUCUGAUCAUCAGUGUGUGGGGCGUAAUCCAAUUGGCCUUCAUGGGUGUAUUUUACUAUUUCCAUGCAGUGGCUUUGGCUGAGGAUUUACCCGAGUUUGAAAUCGAAUCGAACUCCACAGAAGAGUAUAUGAAAGAAUUUUAUAGCAAAGUUGAUUCUGGCUACACACAGAAUGCUUAUAACUGCUGGAUAGCUGCAUUACUGUACCUUGUUACUCUGUUCUUCUCAGCACAUCAAUUCUGGGCCAACAAUCGUUCAUCUUUGAGUGUGUAAUUUAAUUGAUUAAUAACAAUUUCAUUUUUAGUAUUAAUGUCUUUUCCGACAUUCCUUGUAUAUUUUUAACUCACCAAGUUUUAAAAAUUAGUAGAUAAGUGUUAAUACAUGUUAUUUAAAUGUACAUAAGAUUAAAACCAGCUUGUAGUUUUCAUGUAAAAUACAAUAAAUUAUUACAAGAAUAAAACCUCUUUAAGCCAA